GCUCGUUUUUCCUCCCCCUCUCUCUCUUUCUCUCUCUUUCUCUCUCUUUCUCUCCCUCGUCUUUGACUCCCGUGGAUCAGCUGUGACAAAAACACGGACGAACCGACGUAAAGACCGGGACCAGCGGCGGAGAGAAGGCGGAGCAGAGGCUGCAGAUCAGCCCGACACCGAGGAGGACAACCGUCGGUGUUCUGUCAACACAAACUGCACCUUGAGGGUGAAGGACGUGCUGCGGGAGUUUGAUGCUGAUGGCAAUUUGGCGCGGCACAGACACGGAGAGUGCAUCAAUGAAGAAGGCUUCCGUCUGUUCCUGAAGACCUAUCUGGAGGUGGAGGAUUUCCCGGUGGAGCUCUGCCAGCGUCUGUUUCGUUCCUUCCAGAACUCAGAACCCGGUCAGGGAGACAAAGCCAAGGAGGUUUUUCUGAAGGACGUCUCCUGUUACUUCUCUCUGCUGGAGGACGGGCAGCCCAGGGACAAACUGGAGUUCGCGUUCAAGCUCUACGACCGAGACGGCAACGGAGUCCUCGACAGCUCCGAGGUGGAUCGGAUCAUCGCCCAGAUGAUGCACGCCGCAGAGUACCUGGGCUGGGACGUGUCUGAGUUGAGGCCGGUGCUGAAGGACAUGAUGACCGCAAUCGAUGCUGACAGCAGCGGCACAGUGACGGUGGACGAGUGGGUGGACGGAGGCAUGAACAACGUUCCCUUAUUGGUCCUCCUGGGUCUGAAGAUGACUCAGAAAGACGGGCAGCACCUGUGGAGGAUGAAACAUUUCAACAAGCCCGUGUACUGCAACGUGUGUCAGAGCAUGCUGCUGGGUCUGAGGAAGCAGGGCCUGUGCUGCACCUGCUGCAAAUACACCGUCCACGGACGCUGUGCUAACAAGAACCCUGCUCCCUGCACCAGAACUUAUGUGAAGUCGAAGAAAGAAGCAGGGGUCGCAGCUCAUGACUGGGUGAGUGGGAACUGUGAGACCAGGAAGUGCGAUAAAUGCCAGAAGAAGAUCAAGAGCUUCCAGGGUAUAACGGGCAAACACUGCGUGUGGUGCCACACCAUGCGUCACGACGCGUGUGCGGGCCAAGAGCCGAAGGAGUGCAGUUGUGGGCCGCUCAGAGACCAUAUCCUGCCCCCGUGGGCCGUAUAUCCUGUAAUAAAGGAGAGACCAAACAAUGGCUCUGCAGGGUCCCCGGAGGAUAGCGAGCUCAAUACCACCCCCGAUGGACAAGUGCUUCAGAUAAUCCCUGUGCCAAACACACACCCGCUGCUAGUGUUUGUUAAUCCCAAAAGUGGGGGCAAGCAGGGAGAAAGAGUCCUGAGGAAGUUCCAGUAUCUGCUGAAUCCACGUCAGGUCUACAAUCUGUCCAACGGUGGACCAGGACCAGGACUGAGUUUCUUCAGGGACCUGCAGGAUUACAGGAUCCUGGUGUGUGGAGGAGACGGCACCGUCGGCUGGAUCCUCGAUGCAAUAGACAAAGCCAACCUGCUGGUACGGCCGCCUGUGGCUGUACUUCCUCUGGGCACAGGAAAUGACCUCGCACGCUGUUUGCGAUGGGGAGGAGGGUACGACGGCGAGGAUUUAACCCGUAUUCUCAGGGACAUCGAGGGCAGUUGUCAGGUGCUGAUGGACCGCUGGAGUGUGCAGGUCAUCACGGACGAGAACCAGGGGCAGGGCGACCCGGUGCCCUACGAAAUCAUCAACAACUACUUCUCUAUUGGAGUGGACGCUUCCAUCGCUCAUCGGUUCCACACCAUGAGGGAGAAACAUCCACAGAAGUUCAACAGCAGGAUGAAGAACAAACUGUGGUAUUUUGAAUUUGCCACUUCAGAAACCAUCUCCGCUUCCUGCAAGAAGCUGAGUGAAAGUCUCACGAUCGAGUGCUGUGGAACACCGCUGGACCUCAGCAGCCUGUCCCUGGAGGGGGUGGCCAUACUUAACAUUCCCAGCAUGCAUGGCGGCUCCAACUUAUGGGGCGAGACCAAAAAGGGGGACGCCAAGGGAGUGGGAAACCAGGAGGAGCCGGACGUGAUCACCGACCCAGAAAUCCUGAAAGUGUCCUCACAAGAUCUCAGCGACCGUCGACUGGAAGUGGUCGGCCUGGAGGGCGCCAUGGAGAUGGGUCAGAUUUACACUGGCCUGAAGAGUGCAGUGAGGCUGGCCAAAACCUCAGAGAUCACCAUCAGGACAAAGAAGCCAUUACCAAUGCAGAUUGAUGGAGAGCCGUGGAUGCAGCCUCCCUGCACGAUCCAUAUCAGACACAAGAACCAGGCCUCCAUGCUGAUGGCUCCUCAGACCAAAUCCACUGGCUUCUUCAAAUAAACCAACCCGCUCUGUGUUUAUGUCCAAUUGUAAAUAGAUCAAAUUUGAUUGUGUAUGAUGUAAAAUAAUCGUAUUUAUGCAUCCCUGUAACUUAUAAAGUAAGUAUGGCCCUGUGAACACACACACACACACACGUGUGUGAUAAGAUGUGUCUGCAUGGUGGCGAAAUGAAUUUGACCAAAUAUAACUGGCAUGUAUUUCUAAUACCAGACACACGCUGCUUCUGUCUGGUGGAAUUUAAAUCAAAGUUAAAGUAAGGAACACAUCAUAGAUUUAAAAAAAAAAAAAAGACGGCUUGUUUUCAGCUUUUCACGUGCCUUACCGUCUGUUUUUGGUCUGGUUUAGGCUGAGAAGUUUAAAAAAUGUUGUUUUAUUUGGUAGUUUAAAAGAAUUUUAUUUAUUUAUUUUCAGUUAUUUUAGAAGAUACUUGAAUGUGACACAGGGACAGUGACACGACAGGUCUUUGCCCACGGGAGCCGCAUGUUGACCCACUGCAGCGACGGUCUCUCUGGCUGUUCCUCUUGUACCUACAUGUGCUUAUACUGCUGUCUGUGAGGACCAGCCUGGAUGUAAGAGUGAGUGGGAGUGUGAGUGUGUGUGUGAUGACAUGUUAUUAAACACAGAAAGUAACUUGAAAAGUAACUUUGAAAUAUUGCUAACUGGCACAAACCUGUUGUGGUAAACGGUGUAUAGUCUUAACAUAUACUUGUGUACUUUAUUUAAUUACCGCAGGCUUCUUCAAAUGAUCAUAUCAUCUCAGUGUAUCUGCUGCGAAUGUCACGUGUCUGAAAUGACACACUAUGUAAAGAUUUUAAUAAACCAGUUUGACCUUCAA